AGAGGGUCAGCUGGGGACAGAGCCUCGCCGCCGAUUUUGAAUUUGAGUUGUGCGUUUGUCCCCUGCGGCCACCGUAGGUGGAGCGGACGAUCCGUCCCGGGGCAUCCAGAGAGGGCACCGCAGGGAGGAUGGUCGUGGGACUGGGAACGUUCCGCACAAGCCUGGCACUUGUUUCAAUGCCUGUUUUCGCACAGAGUAACAAAGAAUCGAAAAGGAUUCUCAAAGUUGAGCAGUUGUCACUUUAUACAACCCCAGCUAAAACCUCUCACUUUGAGGAAGCAAAACCAACUCAGCUGGAAGAGAGCAUCUCUGUUCUGCGAAAAUCAGCCGAACUGUACACCACCCAGUAUCAGGGUGUUUACAAGAAUCUUAAGCCUAAAAUAGAAAAGACUGUGCAGCUUGGAAAAGAUGGGUAUACCUUUCUGAAGAAUCCUCCGCCUGGAUUCUACCCACGGACUGGAGUCAUCGCACUUGCUGGAGUGGCGGGACUUCUGCUUGCUGGAAGGGGUUCCCGUGCAAGGAAAGUGAUUUACUCAUGUGGGUUUGUAGCUGCUUGUGCCUCCCUGUAUUAUCCUCAAGAAACUGUUGAAAUAGCAAAGGCAACUGGUUCAUCACUUUAUGAAAUGUCCAUGCAAACAUAUUUAACUAUUGAAUCACUGUGGAAGAAAUUCAGAGAUCAGAAGCAAGAAUCCUCCCCAACACCGGGGAGUAGUCAGGUUACAGAGGUUCAACUGUCAGAUCCAAAAAGUUCCUCUUAAAGUGUAUCAGUAACAGGUGGACUAAUCGAAUGGUUUAUCUCAAGGAACAGAACCUAUGAACGAAGCAAUAUUUCUUGUGAAGCAAAAUAAGUUUGAAUCAUUAUCAUUUAAUUAAUCACACCUUAUUGAUGACAGUAAAAUAAUUGAUCAGAAAUUUAUUUUUGCUUGGAAAUGUGUAUAUGGAAUAUAAUCUAAUAAAACACCAUU